AUGACCGCGCCGUCCCAGGUGGACAUCACGCCAAAUCUAAGUCCUGCGCCCCACCGUCCCCUGACCAACGCCGGGCCAGGUCGCUCCAUCACUCAACCCGUCAGACCUGAAUUUUCAUCCAUUUUCAAAGCUGAGAAGAAACCCUCGAAGAAGCCUCAUCGUUUCUCAUCCCUCUUGCCAAACUCUCAGGAAUUACUGGACAUCAGGACAAAGAAAAAGCUGCUGAUCACGGGCACCGAGCAGUUCAACCUCAAGCCAAAGAAGGGAAUCCAGUUCCUGCAGGAGAAAGGCCUCCUCACUACGCCCAUGGACAACAACCAGGUGGCGCAGUGGCUCCGAGAAAAUCCCCGACUAGACAAGAAGAUGAUCGGGGAAUUCGUCAGCGAUCGCAAGAACAUGGAGCUUCUGGACAGUUUUGUCAACACAUUCACCUUCCAGGGCCUCCGCAUCGACGAGGCUCUGCGUCUCUACCUGGAGGCCUUCAGACUUCCUGGAGAAGCCCCCGUCAUCCAGAGACUCCUGGAGACCUUCACCGACAACUGGCAUAAAGUGAACGGCUCUCCCUUCAUGACCAAUGACGCAGGCUUUGCUUUGGCAUACGCCGUCAUCAUGCUCAACACUGACCAGCACAACCACAACGUCCGCAAGCAGAACAUCCCCAUGACCGUAGAGCAAUUCAAGAAAAACCUGAAGGGAGUCAACGGAAACAAAGACUUUGACCAGGACAUGUUGGAGGACAUCUACAACGCCAUAAAGACCGAGGAGAUUGUGAUGCCAGACGAGCAGACGGGUUUGGUGAAGGAGAACUACGUGUGGAGUCUGCUGCUGCACCGCGGUGCCACGCCCGAGGGCGUCUUCCUGCUCCUGCCGGCGGGAAGCUACGACCACGACCUGUUCUCCAUGACCUGGGGUCCAACCAUCGCCGCCCUCUCCUACGUCUUUGAUAAGAGCCUGGAUGACAACAUCGUCCAGAAGGCCAUCACUGGCUUCAGGAAAUGUGCCAUGAUCGCAGCUCACUACGGCUUCAGCGAUGUGUUUGAUAACCUGAUCAUCUCACUGUGUAAAUUCACCACUCUGAGCAGUGAGUCUGUGGAGAACCUUCCGUCUGUGUUUGGUGGGAACAUUAAAGCACAGACAGCAGCUAAGACGGUAUUUGACCUGGCUCAUCGCCAUGGUAACAUCCUGAGAGAGGGAUGGAAGAACAUCAUGGACUCCAUGCUGCAGCUGUUCAGAGCCGAGCUCCUGCCCAAAGCCAUGGUGGAGGUUGAAGAUUUCCUCGAACCAAACGGAAAGAUUUCUCUUCAACGAGAGGAGACGCCUUCAAAUCGCGGUGAGUCUGCAGUGCUGAGUUUUGUGAACUGGUUAACUCUGAGCGGAGCAGAACAGUCUGGACUCAGGGGUCCGUCCACAGAGAACCAGGAGACCAAGCAGGCGGCCAUCCUCUGCAUCAAGCAAUGUGACCCAGAGAAACUGAUCACUGAGAGUAAGUUCCUGCAGCUGGAGUCUCUGCAGGAGCUGAUGAAGGCUCUGAUCUCAGUCACUCCUGAUGAAGAGACCUACGAUGAAGAGGACGCCGCCUUCUGUCUGGAGAUGCUACUGCGGAUCGUCCUGGAGAACAGGGACCGCGUGUCCUGUGUGUGGCAGACGGUGCGUGACCACCUGUGUCACCUCUGUGUCCACGCUAACGAGAGCUGCUUCCUGGUGGAGAGAGCCGUGGUCGGACUUCUGAGACUCGCCAUCCGUCUGCUGCGGAGAGAGGACAUCAGCUCUCAGGUUCUGCUCUCCCUGCGUCUCCUGCUCAUGAUGAAAACUCACGUCCUGUCGAGGGUCAGCAGAGAAGUGGCCUACGGCCUUCACGAGCUGCUGAAGACCAACGCGGCAAACAUACACUGCACAGACGACUGGUUCACGCUCUUCUCCCUGCUGGAGUGCAUCGGUGCUGGCGUGAAACCUCCCGCCUCCUUCCAGCUCACCUCCACCACCUCUGACAACGACACAGGAGCUCAGUCAGACAGCGAGCUGUCCUCUCAUCAUCCCAGUGAAGUGACUCUGGACCGCGGCUACACGUCAGAUUCUGAGGUCUACACUGAACACAACAAGACCCGCAUGACUCGCUCCACCACCGACGUGGACAUGGCCAGCAGUGGAUGGCUCGUGGUGGGUAAAGACGACCUGGACUUGACUAAAUUGGCGCCCGUCAACCCCAAAGCGCAGCUCAAUCACCCUCUGGUGAACCAGUACAGUCUCACCGUGGGUCAGGACCUGGGUCAGCACGACACCAAGUCUCUCAUCAAGUGUGUGGAGACGCUGUCCUUCAUCGUCCGCGACGCCGCUCACGUCACGCCGGACAACUUUGAGCUGUGUGUGAGGGCAAUACGAGUGUUUGUGGAGGCCAGUCUGAAUGGAGGUUACCGCAAUCACGACAAGAAGAAGAGCCACAAGUACGACUCCAAGUCCCGCCCGAGGAGGAAGGUGGGGGGCAAGGACAAGGAGGGCGGAGCCAGUGUCCGACGAGGCGGCGGCGUCCGAGCGUCCAACCAGCGUCCGUCACGUUCCCACAGCGAUGAGGACGAGGACGAGGGCAUCCCCGCCAGUUACCACACGGUGUCUUUACAGGUUAGUCAGGACCUGUUGGACCUGAUGCACACCCUUCACACCCGCGCCGCUACCAUCUACAGCUCCUGGGCAGAGGAACAGCGCCACCUACAGACUGCAGGCAGGAAAAUCGAGGCCGACGCCCAAACUCUGUGGAGCAGCUGCUGGUGUCCACUGCUGCAAGGCAUCGCGUGGCUCUGCUGUGACGCCAGGAGACAGGUUCGUAUGCAGGCUCUCACCUACCUCCAGAGGGCGCUGCUGGUUCACGACCUGCAGACGCUGGACGCAGCAGAGUGGGAGUCCUGCUUCAAUAAGGUUCUCUUUCCUCUGCUGACGAAGCUGCUGGACAACAUCAGUCCUGCUGAUGUGGGAGGGAUGGAGGAGACGAGGAUGAGAGGCUGCACUCUGCUGUCAAAGGUCUUCCUCCAGCACCUGUCUCCUCUGCUGUCCCUCCCCACCUUCGCUGCCCUCUGGUUGACCAUCCUGGACUUCAUGGACAAAUACAUGCACGCAGGCUCCAGUGACUUACUGGUUGAAGCCGUCCCGGAGUCUCUGAAGAACAUGCUGCUGGUCAUGGACACGGCCGGGAUCUUCCACUGCGCAGACUCCAGGACCGGAUACUCAGACCUGUGGGAAAUCACAUGGGAGAGAAUCGUCUGUUUCCUGCCUCACCUGCGGGAGGAGCUCUUCAAACAGACCGUCAUCGCAGAUCCAGUCCCCAGUCCUCCACCAGAGGCAGCGUCUUCACCUCCUGCUGCCGCUCGUCCACUGUCUCCUCCGCCUCCCGCUCACCCGCCGUCCCCGGUCACUGUCCCGGUGUCGCCUCCUGAGACGCAGAUGUCCACCGGCAGCAGGCCGGCGUCUCCACAGCAGCUUCAGCUGAGCAGCAGCACAGGACCAGAGCGUCCAUCUUCUGUCCCCGCCUCUGUGUCCCCUCUCAUCGUGCAGCCGUUGGCAUCUCCGCUGCAGGUGGGCGUCCCGCCCAUGUCCCUGCCAAUCAUCCUCAACCCCGCCCUCAUUGAGGCCACCUCCCCCGUCCCGCUGCUCUCCGGUCCCAGACCCACAAGUCCGUGUGACGAGGUCAAGUAAGAGACACGCCCCCACCCUCAUGACACGCCUCCUCUCCAGCAGCCUCAGGGUCACGUGACGCGUCCGAUUUUAAAGGGAUAGUUGUGUUGAAAUUGUAGAGCAAGGUCACCUGACGCUGCUACUGCUCUUGUCUUUCCUGCUUCCUGAGACACAGGCGCUGACGUCGUCCUAGGACUGGAGGACGGUGAGACACGUCGAGUGUGUGCACGUGUCCUCCACGAAAUAUGAAUUACAUUUAAACACAUCAUCAUCAUCAUCGUGAACGUGACGCGGCUCCUAGAGGACGAAGAAAUCAUGACACAUCAUUUUAUUUUGUGAUUUAUGACAGAAACGCUGAGUCACUGUUCUCUCUCGCUCUUCAUCAUGAGUCGUCAUCAGCAGAGACGAGAAUAUAAAAAAGUCGUUGAUGAUUUUCACGUUCGCUCCGACAAGAUUAAGUAAAAAAAUAAAAAAUAUAUUUAUAUAUAUAUAUAUAUAUAUACAUAU